UGUUUUUUGACUGGUUUUGUACAGGCCAAACAAAGGCGGCAAUUCGAAACCAGCAAGUAUAUCCGCCACCACUCCUCGUUUUUUGUUGUCUCUUCAUUACAACGUUCAUUUUUGUUCGAAUCCACCUUCCACACACAUCAAACUUAAUUUCACAGAAUGGCUGCUGCCGCUACCCGUGCUCCUCAAAUGAGCGGACCUUCCGCGCCCCGGAAGAAGAACGACACGUUCAACCAGAAGGACAAGCCCACACAAGUGCGUCUGAGCAACAUAACGGCCGCAAAGGCCGUCGCCGAUGCUAUCCGCACGAGCCUGGGUCCGCGCGGUAUGGACAAGAUGAUUGAGACUGGGAAAAAGGAGGUUGUGAUUUCCAACGACGGUGCGACUAUUCUCAAGCACAUGUCUGUGCUCCACCCGGCGGCCCGUAUGCUGGUUGAUCUGUCUGCCGCACAGGACAUUGAGGCUGGAGAUGGAACCACCUCGGUCGUUGUGCUUGCGGGCAGCCUUCUCUCAGCCGCUGAAAAGCUGCUGAAGAAGGGCAUCCACCCCACACAGAUUGCUGAGGGCUUCCAGUACGCCGCUAUCGAGGCUGUUAAGAUCCUCGAGGAGAUCUCGAUCCCCAUCAACCUUGACGACCGCGAGUUCCUCCUGAAGAGCGCCACCACCUCGCUCAGCUCUAAAGUUGUAUCACAGUACUCGAAUGUCCUGGCACCCAUUGUCGUAGACGCGGUGCUUCGCAUUGUCAACCCCGCUGUUGAUACAAACGUUGACCUCAACGACAUUCGCAUUGUCAAGAAGGUCGGAGGCACCAUCGACGAUACCGAGCUCGUGCCAGGCCUUGUUCUCAACCAGAACGCCAUUUCGAGCGCUGGCGGACCCACUCGAAUUGAAAAGGCCAAGAUCGGUCUGAUUCAGUUCCAGCUUUCCCCGCCCAAGCCCGAUAUGGACAACCAGGUUGUGGUCAACGACUACCGUCAGAUGGACCGCAUCCUGAAGGAGGAGCGUAACUACCUGCUCAACCUGGUCAAGAAGAUCAAGAAGGCCGGGUGCAACGUCCUGCUGAUCCAAAAGUCCAUUCUGCGCGACGCCGUCAACAGCCUGUCGCUGCACUUCUUGGCGAAGCUUAAGAUCAUGGCCAUCAAGGAGGUCGAGCGCGAGGAGAUUGAGUUUAUCUGCAAGGCCACCGGCUGCAAGCCCAUUGCCGACAUUGACUCGUUUACCGAGGACAAGCUGGGCUACGCUGAUCUCGUUGAGGAGGCCGAGUCCAACGGCUCGCGCAUUGUCCAGAUCAGCGGCAUCAAGAACGCAGGAAAGACCGCCUCCAUUAUCAUGCGCGGUGCCAACCAGUACGUGCUGGAUGAGGCCGACCGCUCCAUCCACGACGCACUUUGCGUCAUCCGCUGCCUAGUCAAGAAACGCGCCCUCGUUGUUGGAGGAGGAGCUCCCGAGAUCGAGAUCUCGCAGCGUCUGUCGCAGCUAGCUAAGGUCCAGACCGGCUUCCAGUCGAUCUGCUUCCAGGCGUUUGCUGAGGCCGUCGAGGUCAUCCCCAUCACGCUUGCCGAGAACUCGGGCCUGAGCCCCAUCUCCAUUGUCACCGAGCUGCGCAACCGCCAUGCCAACGGCGAGAAGUCUGUCGGAAUCAAUGUGCGCAAGGGCACGAUCUCCGACAUGCUCAAAGAGAACGUCGUCCAGCCGUUGCUCGUUUCAACCAGCGCCAUCGAGCUGUCCACCGAGACUGUGCGGAUGCUGAUGAAGAUUGACGACAUCCUUGCUUCGCGCUAAGUGUGGUCCAUCAGCAGUGGAUGGCAGUGUUCAGUGACAAUUUCUAAAAAUAAAUAUAAAAAUAAAUUUUAUAUCUAUGUGAGCAAAUCAAAA